CAUUACCUUUCUAUCUCACUGGCUCUGACCCCCUUCUCUAUCCCUAGCAGCCAUGCUGGCCAGCUGGCAAACGCUUAGGGUGUCACUUUCCUGGUUCAGGACGAGUCAAUGUGCACGGGUGUUUUGUUAUUGCAUGAGAGCGUGUGUGUGUGUGUGUGUGUGUGUGUGUGUGUGUGUGUGUGUGUGUGUGUGUGUGUGUGUGUGUGUGUGUGUGUGUGUGUCUGAGCGAGUGAUAGGAACCUGCUGGGAUUCGGCAGGCUCCAUGGAGCCUGUUCUACGUGCCAUAGCCUACUGGUAGCAGCAUGGUGCUUCAUCGGGCCAUCCAGGCGGCUCGAGCUGGGGAUGUUGCCACCCUGAGAGAGCUUGCAUCUUCUGGUCACCUUUCGUCAGUCAUCACUGAUGCUCAGGGUGCCGGCCCAGUGCACCAUGCAGCCCGGUGUGGGCGCCUGGAGUGCCUUAAGUUCCUGGUGAACGAACUGGGUCUUGCAGCGGAUGCCAGGGCGUUGAACCGGGCCACGCCAGCACACGAUGCAGCGGCUACUGGGCACAUCCGGGAGCUCCAGUGGUUGGUGGACCAGGGAGGCUGUGACACUGAGGAUAAGGACGCUGCCGGAGCCACUGCUCUCCACAUCGCCACCCGCUUCGGCUGCGUGGAGCUCGUCAGGUGGCUGCUCUCUGUUGGAGGGCUGGCAGAAGUGGAGACGAACUGCGGAGCUGUUCCUGCUCACUACGCUGCAGCCAACGGGGACCUCACCUGUCUGAAGCUGCUUGUUCAGCAGGCACCUGGGUGUGUGAACCAUCAGACUGUUAUCGGUGCCACUCUGUUGUACCUGGCCUGCCAGGAAGGCCACCUGCAUGUGGUGGAGUUCCUCGUGAAGGAAUGCGGUUCCGACGUCCAUCUGAGGGCCCACGAUGGCAUGACCUGCCUGCACGCCGCUGCGCACAUGGGUCACGAAGCUGUGGUCGUGUGGCUGGUGUCCUAUACUGAUGUCAGCCUGUCCUGCCAAGACAGUGAUGGGGCAACUGCUCUGCACUUUGCUGCCAGCAGGGGUCACUAUCGUAUCUUGAAAAGUCUGCUUCACAUGGGUUCAAAGCUCGUCAAGGAUUUCUGGGGAGGGACGCCACUUCAUGAUGCUGCAGAGAAUGGAGAGCUGCAGUGCUGUAAAAUCCUGUUGGCUUAUCAAGCAAACCCUUCAGAGCAAGACAUUGAUGGGUUUACAGCAGCAGAGUUGGCCGAGUACAAUGGACACUAUGAAUGUGCCAGAUAUCUUCGUGCUGUGGAGCAUAAUGCAGCCUGUGUGGACAAGCCCACUGAGGUGAUCGCUCCAGAGGAGAAGGAGCUCAGCGUAAAGACGGUGUUGUUGCCACGAGACUACUACGGGUGCCUGAGUGACACAUACAUGGAUACUUUAAAGCAACCUGAAAGUGAGGAGUCCCCAUCGGCCAGAUACCCUCGGCCCCCUACUCCACCUCCUUUGUCUUCUAAAGGCUCUGCGCCAGUGCAGCCAGGAAAGACCGCUGUCAGCAGAAUAGAGCAGGUUCAAAUCAGAGCGUCUGUUAUUAAAGGUUUCAGCCAGUCAAAGGCAGCAGUGAACGAGACGAUCUCCGCUGAUAAGACGAUGCUGCCUGACACAGAUUUCCUUGGUGAAAAAAAACUUAUUACGGACAUGAAGUCCAUAAAAUCUCUCAAACAAUCAGGAAUAUCAGGUGUCUUCACUGGACAGGCAAAUAAAAUGGUGGUCCUGCCCACCGAAGAGGCCAACCUGUCAGACAUCGACUACCUGGUGCCCACCCACGAUGACAGAGGCACUCCCAUAGCUGAAUGGAAGAGGCAAGUCAUGGUGAGACAGCUGCAGGCCAGGCUGCUGGACGAGGAGGAUCAGAGGAGGAAGGAAAAUGGGAACAGAUAUCCCAAAGUGAGCUGGAGGUACUCCCAAGCCCACAAUGCCAUCCUGGGGCCCUCUGGUGAGCUACUUACAGAGAAUGACCUCAUCUAUCUGGAGCAGCAGAUCGCCAGCCUCUCCACGCAGAAGAACUGUGAAGGCUACGAGCUGGAGUUGGCGCGUUUAGCUGAGGAGCUCCGGCACAUUCUGCCUGCGCCCAUAGUCAACAUCACCGUCAACACGCAGUUUCGAAAUUUCACAAGUCAAAUCCCUCUACCGGUGUGGUGUGGCCGCAUCUCGGGCAUCGUGAAGAGCAUGUCCCUGCUCCUGACUAACCUGACGGACCAGCCGUACUGCAAGAUGCCCAACACCGACCUGAUCGCUGUGUUCUCACAGACGUCAGACAGACACAACUCCACUAGGGGGCGCAGGGAGAGGAUAGAGGACGAGAUCCAUCAGUUUGGAGUGUCUGUGAGGACUCUUAAGUCUAACUUUGAAACACAGAACUCACCUUUGUCAAAGGAGCCAGAGGAGGCUGUAAUGUUAAGUUCCUCCAAACCACCUGAGGCCACAGAGUCAGACCAACAGCCUCAAGUCCUGAAUCCAACCCCAGAAGCAGACCAGAAACCUGAUUCGGAACCAGGCAAUAACAAAACUGUUGCAGAUGUUUUGGAAACCAUUAGUCUUAGAAAAGAGCGCAUAGUUGUACUGUUUUUAGGCCACUGGAAGAAAUCUGCUUACUCUGUGGCGCUAAAGAGCAAGGAUGCCGCCGAGAGGAAGCUGAGUGGAGGGGACCCAGAGGUGAGGGACAAAGCUGCGUCAGGUCGUAGAGGCAGCGUGGAGAGCCCCCAGUCCAACAUCAUGAUGAACAGCUCGCUGGGACAUUUCUUCAAGCAGAGGAGUGCUGUCAACAAAAUGCUGGGAAACUGGAGGAACAUGAUCUCCAGUGUCCCGUCUAGACAGAUACGUAGGCUCCACAGGCAGAAAGCCCUCUACUCCCCAGAGCAGUUCCUACCACGGCUGGACGGCAUGCCCGUGGAGUACGACAGCCUGACCUUGGAUCUCUUCAUGCUGGGCUAUUUCCACAUCCUGGAGCUGGAGCUGCCCGUGGACGAGCGCAAAAUGAGACACCUGCUGUGCUUCGAGGUGUUCGAUCACGUCGGGAGCUUCUCCUGGGAGAUAGUCAGGGACUUCCACAAGGCCGUCAUACAGGACAUAGAGGCGGGAAAUCGCGAGUGGAAAGACGGAUUCGAGGACAUUAAGGUGAAGUUCUUUGGAAAUGCUGUGAUUCAGUCUGAAAACACGGCGGAGGUGGUGAAACACAGCCUCCCAGAAGUUAGAAAGGUCCCUAAGGUCAUUGUGCAGACUCCAACUCCUGAUGAAGGAACCCUCCACAGAGGAACUGACAUUUCUAGUUUUAGCAAUGAAGAGAUUUGCAGAUAUAUUGAUCGCAGUUUUGCUUUCUGGAAAGAAAAAGAGGCAGAGAUUUUUGAUUUUGAGUAGUUGCUCCUAUCAUUUGUUGUUUUUUUUUCUAAGGCUGUGUAUCAUAAACCUUGUGAAUUGAAUCAGUUUGUGUAAUUGUGUAGGUAUAAGCUUAGUCUGAUUUUUAACAUUGUUUACGCUUUCUUUGAUCAGAUUUUGCAUAAUUCUAAUUUUGUUAAUUUUAUAUUAUAUUUUUUUGUGUUAAAUAUUAAAAAUCUGUGAAUUUGAGGUUUCAGAUUAUGAUUUUUGGACUUUUUGUAAAGUUUGUAAAAAAAGAAAUGCUUCAGUAGGAUAUUUGGUACUGUGAUUAAAAGUCUGGUAUUUAUUUA